AGUAUUAUUACUAAAAUCGCGCUAUACUUUUUGUAGACGUUGCGAUUUCAAAUUCAAAAAUUGUGGCAAUCUCGUGAUUAAUACUAAAGCCCAAGCCCAUUAUCGUCUUUUCACCGACAAUAAACCGUAGCCUCCUCAAGUCCCCGACGUCACGUUGUAUAAAUUGUCGCAUCACUCCAAAACCCUUAUUCUCUCCUACUUCGUCGUCUUCCUCCGAAACCUGAGAAAUCAAAAACUCGAUCGAUCGAUCAAUUCGUUGUUCGUCUACAUCGAUUCCUUCAGAAUCUACGGAUUCUCUGUUUUCUGUUGAUUCGAUUAAGCUCUACCAUGUCUUAUAAACCGAGCGCGAAGACUGAGGUUCGUCGGAACAGGUAUAAGGUAUCUGUGGACGCCGAUGAAGGUCGCCGGAGACGGGAGGAUAACAUGGUGGAGAUCCGGAAGAACAAGAGAGAGGAGAACUUGCAGAAGAAGCGGCGUGAAGGUUUUACUCCUUCCAUGGCCUCUCAGCUAGGGCAGGAUUUCUCCUCGUCUCUUCCUACGGAAAAGAGAUUGGAGAAUAUACAACAGAUGGUUGCUGGAGUAAUGUCAGAGGAUAGAAACAUACAACUGGAGGCGACGGCUGGCUUCAGGAAAUUGCUUUCAAUUGAGCGAAACCCUCCAAUCAAUGAAGUUGUUCAAUCUGGUGUUGUUCCUCGCAUUGUGCAAUUUCUUUCCAGGGAUGACUUCACUCAACUUCAGUUUGAGGCAGCUUGGGCGCUUACCAAUAUCGCUUCAGGGACAUCUGAGAACACUAAAGUCAUUAUUGAUAGUGGGGCUGUCCCUUUAUUCGUCAAACUUCUUAGUUCUGCAAGUGAUGAAGUCCGAGAACAGGCUGUCUGGGCAUUGGGAAACGUUGCUGGUGACUCGCCAAAAUGCCGUGAUCAUGUCCUAAGUUGCGAGGCCAUGAUGUCUCUUUUGGCUCAAUUCAAUGAGCAUUCAAAGCUCUCCAUGCUGAGGAAUGCUACAUGGACAUUAUCAAAUUUCUGCAGAGGGAAGCCGCAGCCUGCAUUUGAACAGACACAAGCAGCUUUACCAGCUCUUGAGCGCCUUCUGCAUUCAACCGACGAAGAAGUUCUCACAGAUGCAUCCUGGGCUCUCUCAUAUCUAUCUGAUGGUACAAACGAGAAAAUACAAACUGUUAUCGACGCUGGUGUCAUACCUCGUCUUGUUCAGCUCUUAGCUCAUCCAUCACCCUCAGUUCUGGUUCCAGCUCUCCGUACCAUUGGUAAUAUUGUAACCGGAGAUGAUCUUCAGACUCAGGAGAUUAUUAGCAGUCAAGCGCUUCCUGGUUUGUUAAACCUUUUGAAAAACACAUACAAGAAGAGUAUCAAGAAGGAAGCUUGCUGGACGAUCUCUAACAUUACAGCUGGGAACUCAAGUCAAAUUCAAGAAGUGAUUCAAGCAGGCAUUAUUCAGCCUCUGGUUAUCCUGCUUCAGAACGGUGAAUUCGAAAUUAAAAAAGAAGCUGUUUGGGCAAUUUCUAAUGCAACUUCUGGUGGCAAUCAUAACCAAAUCAAGUUUCUCGUGAGCCAAGGCUGCAUCAAACCCCUGUGUGAUCUCCUCUCGUGUCCUGAUCCAAGGAUCGUCACAGUGACUUUGGAAGGUCUAGAGAACAUUCUCAAAGUAGGUGAAGCUGAGCAGAAUCUAGGCAACACAGGAAACGUUAAUCUCUAUGCGCAGAUGAUUGAAGAAGUAGAAGGGGUGGAGAAGAUAGAGAAUCUUCAGAGUCACGAUAAUAAUGAGAUUUACGAGAAAGCUGUCAAAAUCCUUGAGUCGUACUGGGCUGAAGAAGAAGAGGAGGAUGCUCCUGAGACUUUUCAGGCUUCCGGUUUCCAAUUCGGAAACCAAAGUGGUAAUGCUCCUCCUACUGGUGGAUUCAACUUUGGUUGAAGGUUUAUGUAGAAUCAAAGAUAUUCUAAGUUGCUUGAACUUAAGAACAGAGGUCUCUCGUGGUCGUUUCUAUAAUUUGUAGGUUUUUUCUUGGGUCACGUUUAGAUUGAAUUUGUAUUUUUCUAUUUUUAGAAGUUUGGGUUUUUUUUUUUUGUUUGCAUUUAUGGCGGAGAUUUAAGUGUUUUAAUCUGCUC